UUUUCUCACUUUUUGCAUGUUUGUUCAUAUUGUCCAGCUUAAUCAAGUUUUUCUUUGUUUUCCGCUGGUUGUGUUUUGCAUUAGUUUGGACAGACAUUGAGGGAGGCCUAGAUAUUCGGCUGCUCAUCGAUUAGACUAGUCUGAACAUGCGCAUAGAGUCCAGACAUUGUUAUUUAUGCUCAAAAACAACUCGCCUCAACUUUCAAUUUACUAUAUACUAGUUUGUACUAUUUGUACUAAAUCAGACUUUUCAUCGGUCAAAAUGUUUAUUGGCUAGUUACUCAUCGAAUCACCAGUAAUUAGUUAUUAACCUCUUUAUUUGCGACGUUUGUGCUCGAGGUUUGGCAAGACUAAAAUGCAGUUUUUAUUGUAACAUACGACUAUUUUCAUUUUUCAGAUAAAGUGUUUUUUUUUAUAUAUAUUUUUUCAAUUUACCACUUCUGGUUUAAAUUGAAUAUUGUGAGAUUUACAAUGGUUUUUAAAAAUUCAAUCGUAUUUAUUCUUUAUUAUCUGUGUUUAUUUUCUGAAACUUGCUUUUGUCAUAAAAAAUCGCUGAUUGACCCUGAUCUAAAACCCGAAGCUGGGACUAUAUUUAUUCACCCAGCUAAAACUUUACCUGACAACUUUUUAGAAGGGCUGUCAAAUUCAGUGUUACUGUACCACCAAAGCGAAACACUCUCUUUACUGAGUUCUGAUAAUGGGUUCCUCGAGGUAAAUUUUGCCGAGCUGAAACUUGUUCACAACAUUUCGAACUUUAACUUUUUCGUUAAAAAGGGAGAAACUUUGAAACCACACGGAUUUCUUAAUUUCAAAGGCUCGGGUAGCUUUUACUUCUGUAACGAUUCACGUUUGAAUCCAGAACCGCCUUUACUUGUAUAUCAAAAAGGUUCUUGGAGCCAAGCAGCUAAUAAAUCAUGGCCCCAAAAUUAUUGCAGCUCAAACAAAGGGGAGAAUUUUCUAGUUAUAAGUGGGAAAAACAAACAAAAGAAUACCCUUACUACAGUCGAGCUAUGGCGGGGAGGACAAAGAAUUCGCGAGUUCUAUAAAUCGAGAUCCGAGUCCAAGUUGUCGUUUCAUCAUGAAUCAAAACUUUUGGCUCUGGUCGGUGGAUUUAUGAAAGGCAGUGUCGCAUUUUACAUGUCGCGUGAAAGAAUUUCGUCGGACGCUAACGACGUCAGAGCAUACGUGAACAGAAUUUCGAAAGUGUGCAAUACGAGACCGAAAAACCAGAGCGAUACGCUCGGCGGCCUUGAAAAAACUCGCAACAUGGCUGAAUUGAAGUGCUCUUUUUAUCACGAGAAAGACUCGUCUCUGCCGUCAUUCGUUUUCAGCCGACUAGUAGCCACACAUUAUGACAUCACAUCCAACCAGCUUUUCGCCUUAUACAACACGUGGCCAAAUGCACCGGAAGCAUCCGCUCUGUGUGUUCACAGAAUCAACGACAUCCGCCUUGAAAAGUGCGAAAACGAGCUGACGUCAACUAAGCCGAAAAAUAUUGAGUCUAGAAACCCUAUCUUUUUGCAGACAAGAGAAGACCAUCUUUUAUCAAUGUUUUCAAUUGAAAGAUUAUCUUAUAGUUCGUCGAAUUUUCUGAUGUUUUUCGCCUCACAAGACGGCGUCAUUUUGAAGACUUUGGUCAACCCUGAAACGUACUCGACUACCGUGAUUGCUAAAUUUUUGCCGUCCAGCCAGCCGAAAGCGUUCAUCAAGCAGAUAGAAAUAGUUGGAGAGAGACUGUUCGUCGCAAUAGACCACUCAAGACCUCUUCUGCUUGAAAAACACGGUUGCCAAACUUAUAUCUGCAGAGUUUGCGAAAAGGAUCCUUUCUGCAGUUGGAACGAAACAUCUCAAACUUGCGUCACGAAAGCUAGCAACGGGCUAACAGAAAGCGAAUUAAAAAUAAAAGCAUCGCCCAAUUCUACUUUCGAUUUUUGCCCAGAAGCAAAAUCAAGCAGCAAUAUCUCGCCAUCCAGACUAACCGUUUUAGCAGUCGAUUACUUGGGUCAAGAAAAUUUUGGACCUGAGAAUUUGACGCAUCAAAACUCCCGACCUCCAACUAGCUUUGAACAAUUAGUGCUGGAUUUGUCGGAGAACCGAGAAUUGGCACUUGAAUUCAUUCUAGUCGCGACGCCGUCUCUCGUACUUGGUCUGAUUUGUGGAGUAUUCGCGACAUACGGCAUCGCGGGGGUGAUAGUGACCCGAAGAAGGAAAAAGGAAACAGCAUACGAGGCGACGUACCCGAGAUCUAACUACAGGACAACUGGGUCUGAAAACAACGGGUCUACUAUAACAAGAAAAAACGCCAAAACUUAUCCGGUGCAGAAUGUGGUCGCAAGAGAUGCACAAGAGACCUUUCUCCGACCCCCCUACCUUCAGAGUACCUCCUCCUCUAGCGCCCCCAUGUGUCACAAUGAGUUCCCUCCUCCCCCUUCUGAUGACCUCAGUCCCCAGUACUCCUACAUUCCAAAUGAGGGAAUCCAAAUCUCAAGUCCAGAACCCGAUGUUAGGCCUCCAACACCUCAGAGAGCCAACAUGCGACCAUCUGUUGCAUCCAGGGUUCCGUACGUGAAGUGCGCCAUCGGGAAUCGAAGACGGAGACGGAUGAGUGACAAUUCGGCGCUUCUCAUGGGACCCGUCAACUCGACUUCCGAGUUCGGAGGACCGCUGCCUUCGAUUACAGGAUCGCCAGCUAGCGAGCAGUCACUUUACACUUUCCAAAUGCGUCGUCCGAGAAAAAACGAAGAUAGAAAAGUGUCUCAAAGCUCUUCGCAGUCAUCAACGUCAGAUAACGUUUUCACAAGCUUCUCAAAAGUGUAAAAAACAUAACUAAGUUUUGUUUUUGGAUGAAAAUGUAUUUGUAUUAUUUUAUUUUUUAUCCCUUUUGCUUUCGAUUUCCAUGUUUCAGUUGUUUCAAUUUUGCCUCAGUUGUUUUAUAUCACAUA